AAAUUAACCUCUAUAAGUGGAACACCUCCCAACUGGAAAUUAACCUCUAUAAGUGGAACACCUCCCAAGUAGAAAUUAACCUCUAUAAGUGGAACAACUCCCAAGUAGAAAUUAACCUCUAUAAGUGGAACACCUCUCAAGUAGAAAUUAACCUCUAUAAGUGGAACACCUCUCAAGUAGAAAUUAACCUCUAUAAGUGGAACAACUCCCAAGUGGAAAUUAACCUCUAUAAGUGGAACACCUCCCAAGUGGAAAUUAACCUCUAUAAGUGGAACACCUCCCAAGUAGAAAUUAACCUCUAUAAGUGGAACAACUCCCAAGUAGAAAUUAACCUCUAUAAGUGGAACACCUCCCAACUGGAAAUUAACCUCUAUAAGUGGAAAACCUCCCAACUGGAAAUUAACCUCUAUAAGUGGAACACCUCCCAAGUAGAAAUUAACCUCUAUAAGUGGAACAACUCCCAAGUGGAAAUUAACCUCUAUAAGUGGAACAACUCCCAAGUGGAAAUUAACCUCUAUAAGUGGAACACCUCCCAAGUAGAAAUUAACCUCUAUAAGUGGAACAACUCCAAAGUGGAAAUUAGUGGAACACCUCCCAAGUGGUACACUUUUUAGAUGUGCCAACAGUGUUCCACUUUGACAGGUUUUAUUGUACUAAGAUUUAUAGCACUAAGAGUAUAGGGCUGGCCCAAUUAAAUGUAUUAGCAAUAAUAAAGGAAACAUGUUUGUAAUAUCAUAUACAUGUAUUAUAUCUGGGUUUGGGAAUUAUUUAAUUUGGCAUUACAGUAAAACCUAAUGUUCGAUUAACACUGAUGUUCAGUUUACAUAUACAGUUUAUAGUUUACAUAUACAGUUUAUAGUUUACAUAUUGUAAAAGACUUUGAACAACUUUACAGAUUUUGCUGUACAAUAGAACCUGUAUCUGAACACCUGGCUAAUAUGAACACCUUCCAAUUUGAACACUUUUUUUCGGUCCCAUUUUUUCCUCCCAUUGACUCCCAUGUUAAAAAAAUCUGAACACCUCCUAAUUUGAGCAGUGAACAACCAGAUUUGAAAAAGUGACCUGUCUAAUCUGAACAUUUUUAUCAGAAAUCAAAUGUCUGGACAUUUCAGUUAAAGCCACAUAUUGAGUGAAUGUAAUAGUUUUUUUUUUUUUUU